CUGUUCUACUUGUUCUACUGUCACUGUCUUGUUCUCUCUCUCUCUUUCUCCUGCACUCACCGCGGCUCGGCCUUGGUCUUACGCCUCAGGAGGGGAGUCACUGGUCUGUGUUUUAAAGAAGCGCGCAGCAGGGCCACGUUAGGACCAAUGAGAGCGGAGACAUUGAGCUCGAUGGAGAGAUACUCAGUCCAGAAGGUCAUCGGUGAGGGCUCUUUCGGUCGGGCCUUGUUCGUCUGGUGUAAAAGCAGUCAGGAGAAGUAUGUGGUCAAGGAAGUCCAGCUGCCAAAGCGUCACUCUGAAUUGGAGAAUUCGAGGAGAGAAGCCAUCCUGCUGUCCAGAAUGAAACAUCCCAACAUAGUGGCCUUUAGGGAGGCAUUCGAAGCUGAUGACUCCCUGUGUAUUGUGAUGGAGUACUGCAGUGGAGGAGACCUGCUCCAGAGGAUUCAGCAACAGAAAGCUGAGCAGUUCUGUGUCGAUGACAUCUUGAGGUGGUUUGCUGAAAUGUGUGCUGCCGCGCUGCAUAUCCACGACAGAAGGGUUUUGCACAGAGAUCUGAAGUCCAAGUUGCUACAAUACCACUGAAUGCACUGCAAAAAGAAGUGAGGACUCAUUGACUGGAUGAAGGAAAUCAGCCAAAGCUCCACGUGUUCCUAAGUUGAUUACCUCUGCACCUCGUGAACUGCAGCUUCUCACACAGUCGGCCUCUCUUCCUUCUUCCGUCUCAUCAGCUGUUUGACAUGUUGAUUUAAAAACAAUCGUGACUUUAGAUAAAUCUGGAAAGCUGCAAA